AUGUAUGUAUACGUUACGCUAUGCUUUAUCAAAUCUGUGACUAUCUUACUUUUACUACAUGCAGUCGAUAGUCUUAAAACUGUAACAAUGAUAACAUACACAUGUAAUCCUGAUGUAGAAUGUGGAUGCUCCAAAAAUUCAGCUGUUCUAUCAAAAAUAGUAGGUGGAGAACAAGCAAUAGUAAAUAGUUGGGGUUGGGCCGUUUCUUUACGAUUGUUUGAUUCACACAUUUGUGGUGGAAGUAUUCUCUCUAAAUAUUACAUUAUAACAGCGAGUCAUUGUGUACUAUCGAUACCCUCUCUUCGUUACGCAUCUAUUCAUGUCGGUAUAAACACACUGUCUCAAACGGGUCAAGUACGAAAGAUAGCUCAAUCGUUCAUUCACGCAGAUUAUGAUUCAGCAACGCAUGAAAAUGAUAUUGCAAUUCUUCGUCUGACUACUCCAUUGGACUUAUCAGAUUUGACAGUAUCCACAAUUUGCUUACCAAAUAGUACAUCAGCUUUACCUCAAUCGGUAGAAUAUCCUCUGCCAGGAUCGACUUUGAUCGCUAUUGGUUGGGGUGUUUUAUCAUCCGAAAGUAAUCGGGUAUCCCAAACACUUCAACAAGUGACAUUAACCGCAGUCCCAAAAACAGCAUCCACUUGUGUCCGUUCCCUAUCCAAUUCAUCAGAACAAUUUUGUGCAAGUGCACAAGGAAAAGGUAAUAACGUCUCUUUUCUUUAUCAAGAAGUCACAGUUAGUAUCCACAUACAUUUGGCUGAACAGAGAGUUGAUCCUAAUUCGAGUGAUAUUACAAAGUUGUCAAAAAAAAGUCAUACAAAAGAUAUGAAACAUUUUUCUUUCAUAUCCUAG